AUGUGCCGCCCAGUCACCACCACGCCGGCCCUGCAGCGCCCGGGAGGAGCGCUGCGGCACCUGCGGGACACGCUGCGCCGGGCCGGCAAGCGCAGCUACACGCUGGCUGGGGGCAAGCCCAGCCCCACCAAGCUGGCCAACUUCCCCGAGCUGGACGUCUUCGUGCUGGUGGCCUGCGCCCAGAACUCCCUGCUCGACAGCCACGGCUUCUACCGGCCCGUGGUGACGCCCUUCGAGCUGGAGCUGGCCUGCAACCCCGCCCGCACCUGGACCGGCAGCUACCUCACUGACUUCAGGGAGCUGCUGCCAGGUGGCAACGCGCACCUGGAGUUCCCGGAGGCGCUGGGGGCAGAGGACGAGGGCGCUGACGUCUCGCUGAUCACAGGGGAGCUGCGGGCAGCGCGUCUCGGCGCUGAUCCCGUGCCCCCGGCCAGCACCGCCCUGGCCUGCCGGAGCCAGACCCUGGAUUUGGCUGAAAUCAGCCCAGCUGCCUCUUUCCUGGAGUCGCGGAGCUGGCGGGGCCUGGAGCAGCAUCUGGGCCAGACGCCGGUGCAGAAGGCAGUGGAGGGGCGCCGGGGCAUCGCCAUCGCCUACGAGGAUGAGGCCUGUGGGUGACGCCAGCGAGGAGGAGAUGCUGUGAUGUCCCGGCCUGGCCUCCGUGCGCUGCGGCUCUUGUUGGGGGAGCAGAGACCCCCGGGCUGGGCCCGGGCCUGGCUCCCUGCCACCCAGACAGGCGGAUGGGGGAGACGUAGCCCUGCCUGGGCCCUGCUUGUGUUGCAUUAAAGACUGGACGGAGCGAG